CAUGAGUGAAUUUUGUUUUAGUUUAAAUUAAAAAGAAACAAUCUCCCUUUUUUUGUGAAAUAUGAUCUGCGGCUAGCCUUCACCAGCACGUUCUCACCACUACCAUGUUCGUGGGAGUGGCAGCUCAUUUAGCUGUGUUUGUUGUUUCUUCACAGAAUGUCUGGCUCUGAAUCGGACAUCAAGAGAAAACGAUUGUGGGCAAUUGCUCUUGUUGUUGCUUUUGUCGCGAUUGUGGUCGCCAUCGGCAUCUUUCUCGCUUACUGGUUCACCAGGAACCCUUUGCACGAGAUCAGCCCUCCCGGGUAUCCCGACUCGCUUGGCGGGCCGUACAAGCACGCGAGCGUGGCAUCCGACGCGGGACCGUGUUCGCACAUCGGAAAGAACAUUCUUCAAGAAAACGGUUCGGCCGUGGAUUCGGCCAUUGCUGCGAUGCUAUGUGUAGGGGUAAUCAAUAUGCACUCGACGGGGAUCGGAGGCGGUGGAUUUAUGCUCGUUUACAAUCGUAGAGACCGAGUCGCUGAGGUGUUCGACUUCAGAGAAAGUGCUCCAGCCAAAGCUACGGAAGACAUGUUUAAAAACGCAAGUUACAAAGAACUGAACAGCACAUUAGCCACAGGCGUCCCAGGGGAGGUGCGCGGUUACUACACAGCCUGGCUAUCGUAUGGACGGUUACCAUGGAAACAGCUGGUUCAACCGGCGAUCGAUAAGGCUAAGUAUGGCUUCCUUAUAAACCAAGCGCUUUACAAGACAAUGGUUCAAUCAGAAAAUGACAUCAGGAAAGAUCCAGGGUUGAAAGAGUUAUUGUUCGAUAAGAAAGGAAACCUCAGACAGUUUGGAGACAAUAUCACUAACCCACAAUACGCGAAAUCCCUCGAGGAGAUACGGGAUCAUCCCGAGAGCUUCUACAACGGAUCGUUGGCAACGAAGAUCGUUCGGGACAUCAGAAGACGCGGCGGGAUCGUCACCUCGCAGGACCUGAGAGACUACAAAGUCAUCAGAAGGAAGGCCCUAGUUAACCAGCUGGGUGAUAUGACAUGGUAUACGGCCCCGCCACCGGCAAGCGGGCCAGUGAUAACUCUCAUAUUGAACAUUCUUAAAGGUUACAACAUGACAGCAGAGUCACGUGAUUCUCCUUUGACGUUUCAUCGUGUAAUCGAGGCUUUCAAGUUUGGUUAUUCGUGGCGAUCACUCCUUGGCGACCCGGCCUUUAAUGAUGGUAUGAACGAGACAGUCGCCAAGAUGACGAACGAAACUUUUGCCGAGAUCUUGAGACGGAAGAUUUGGGAUAACCAAACCCACAGCAACGCUUCGUAUUACCGCGGAAACUUUCAUUUUGAGGAGGACUACGGAACCUCACAUCUUUCUGUGCUAUCUCCGAAUGGUGAUGCUGUGGCCCUUACCUCUACUAUAAACUUCCACUUUGGAUGUAAAUACCGUUCCAGGAUCACUGGAAUAAUUUACAACAACGAGAUGGGAGACUUCUCGACCCCAGGCCAGCUCAACCCUGAUGACAUCCCGCCUUCAAAGAGCAACUUUAUCAAACCCAGAAAAAGGCCCCAGUCCUCUAUUAGCCCUGUUAUUUUCACUGACAGAAGUGGCCGAGUGAGACUGGUCGCGGGUGCUUCUGGAGGACCGCUUAUAACGACAGCGGUUUCUCUCGUAGUCGUCAACGAGCUGUGGUUGUCACGUGGUAUUUCAAGUGCAGUCGAUUAUCCACGCGUCCAUCACCAACUCUUUCCAAAUACGGUCAUGAUCGAAAAGCCUCCUUACACCAUCUCCCAGAACAUUCAAGACGGUUUGAGAGCCCGCAAACAUAACAUCUCAGAGAAGGCUUCCUUUGCCGUUGUACAGGCGGUGGUUAGAGACAAGGACGAAGAAAUCUAUGGGAAAAGUGACCCGAGAAAAUAUGGAUGGCCAGAUGGAUUUUGAAUAAGAAUACAGUGAAACCUGUUUUAAGGGGACACCCUUGGGACACUCACUAGUGUCCGCUUAAUACAGGGUGUCCGUUCAAAGCUGGUUCUAAUAUCUUUUGCAAUAAUAGUUAAUUAUUAACCCUUUUGUAACACAGUGUGACACAGAGUAAGAUCAAAGACUGGUCAUAGCACUUUGUUCCAGCUGGCAGUCGAUGCAUCAAUCUGGAAUAAUCCACUUAGUUUUUAAACGACAUCGCUGAACAAUGUUAAAGGAGUCUGAGC